GGCAGAUUAUGAAGCAGCAGUGUGCGUUUCAGGAGAGCAUCUCUGAACCUUUUACAUGUAUACAUGGCAGCACUGAUGUCUUUGGCUUUAUUUUCAGUUCUUCUCCUGCAGAUAUCUUCUUCUUACGAGCAAGUGCCUGCUUUAGUCGAGGGGAGUUCAGAUGAAGCAGCAUCACAAGACAGAGAAAUCGGAGAAAAUGGAGUCGGCGGUGAGCGUCAGAGCGUCUCAUAUGAUCACGGCUCGUUGGUCACAGCAGAGGAGAUGAGACGGCCGCUGCAGGCACAUGACUUGAGGCCAGUGUCUCCUCAGCCCAGCAGGAGAAAACUUCUGCAGUACGGAGGAAUCAUGCCCUACUCUCCUCUGAAUGUCGUUUACAACGGGAAAACGUGCAUCUUGUUUAGAGCCAGGAAGCUGGCCAUCAGGUACAGAAAUCACACACUAGUGGACCUCACGCAGAGAGUGUUCGGCCCUGACGCAAUAGUGGACACCAGAGGCUCAUUCUGCAGCAAGGACAAGGCCACACUCAACAUACGAUUUGGAGACGUGGAGGAGAUCAGAGGACUUGCCAUCAGACUGCAGAUGUCCAACACGUUCUACGAAUCAGCAGGACAGAACUGGUUCACUCUGGACAGCGUCCACAUCCACUACAACUGGACACACGAGGCCACGUUUAAUGCCACGGAUGUUUACGCUCCCUCCACCAACUCGUACCACUGCCAGCACGUCAGCAGCCUGCAGAAAUACGACACGCUGCUCGUGCCCAGCUCCCACACGGACAACGCGGCAAACUGGCACAUCACCUUCACAGACUUCCAGAUUCAAGCGUUCAACGUUCACUCGAACAAGUUCUCCUCGGCCAGCGACUGUGCCACCUUCUUCACCCCGGCCAUCCUCAUGGGUCUCAUCACGUCGCUGAUCUUGCUGCUCGUCCUGGCCUACGCCCUGCACAUGGUGGUCCACCUCAAGCACAUCGACCGCUACGAAGAGCACAAGACCACCGUGUACUUCCCCCGAAGCACAGAAGCCGAAAGCACAGAGAAGAACAACUUGUAGAUCAGUAGGAUCCCCCGCCGACCUCCGGGCACAGAGACGGAGUGUGUUGCAACUCUGAGCUCCUAAGCCCGUCCGAGAGAAAGAGCAGGAGCAGGCUAGAGACGUCGCGUCAAGAGUGUUCUCGCUUCUGACUGUGCUACUACACUUUGAAUUGUGGUAGGACAGAAAGAGCGGAUUCCUGCGGGAUUCAAAAAAUUGAAAACAACCCGAUUUGUAUCUGUCGCUUUUUUUGUUUUUUUGCAAAUAAAGUCAGAAUCUGAAGGAGAACCUCAGAUUUCUAAAUUAAUUCUAAUUAGCACAGUGUACUUUCAAUUUAUAUUGUCUGUCUCAUGUAAGCAUAUAACCUCCUGGUGAGAAUCAGGUUAAAUAAUGUAUGGACGCUUUAUUACACCUCACGUACAAACUGUCUAUAAACCAUUAUGAUUUCUAAGUGUAUUAGACAAUAAACAUAUGAAAGUAUUAUAGUUAAAAACUUUGAUCUUCUCAGUAAUUGAAUGUUUUUAUCCUCUUUACACAAAAUUUCAAAUGAAUAAAAAGUAAAAACAAUUGUCUAUACAGGACCAGUCAGAAGUUGGGACACAACUGAUUGAAUGUAUAUUAUUGAAUAAUAUUAAGAUGCUUAUAAAAAAAUUACUUUAAAAAAACACAAAAAAAAUGAUUUGGGGAAAAUCAUCCAUCAGACACCAUGAAUAUUACAGUAUUAUCAGGAUUACACUUAAGUAUCUUAACUACAAUAGGUGUUCGAAUAAAACCGGGACUUAUGGUGAAUGAAGGCGUACAACUGAGUGAUAUUUACAGAAGAUUUCAAGCACAGUACAGUGAUGAGACUGAGACACAAUAAAGGAUUUGUGAACAUGUUUACUGUAAACAUUCAGCGAGUAACUGAUAGAUAACUUGUCAUUAACUUGUGGAAGAGAUGCGUCUAUCUGUGGGAACUGUACA